GCCCAGGUAGAAACCAUGUCUCCAGCCAUCGCACUGGCUUUCCUGCCACUGGUGGUGACAUUGCUGGUGCGGUACCGGCAUUACUUCCGACUCCUGGCGCGUACAGUCUUACUGCGGAGCCUGCGAGACUGCCUGUCAGGGCUACAGAUCGAGGAGCGGGCCUUCAGCUAUGUGCUUACCCACGCCCUGCCCGGUGACCCCAGUCACAUCCUCGCCACCCUAGACCACUGGAGCAGCCACUGCGAGUACCUGAGCCACAUGGGGCCUGCCAAAGGUCAGAUCCUACUGCGGCUGGUGGAGGAGAAGGCCCCUGCUUGUGUGCUAGAGCUGGGCACCUAUUGUGGAUACUCCACCCUGCUGAUUGCCCGUGCCCUGCCCCCUGGGGGUCGCCUUCUCACUGUGGAGCGGGACCCUCGAACAGCAGCAGUGGCUGAAAAACUCAUCCGUCUGGCUGGCUUCGAUGAAAACACGGUGGAGCUCAUCGUGGGCAGCUCAGAGGAGGUGAUCCGGCGCCUACGCACCCAGCACCAACUGAGUCGGGCAGACUUGGUACUCCUGGCACAUCAGCCCCGAUGUUACCUACGUGACCUACAGCUGCUGGAGGCCCAUGCCCUACUGCCAGCUGGUGCCACUGUGUUAGCUGACCAUGUACUCUUUCCUGGUGCACCCCGCUUCUUGCAGUAUGUCAAGAACUGUGGCCGGUACCGCUGCCGCCUCCACCACACUGGCCUCCCAGACUUCCCUGCCAUUAAGGAUGGCAUAGCCCAGCUCACUUAUGCUGGACCUGGUUGA